AUGGAUGCCCAGUCCGAUAUACGCCGGCCUUCCGUGUCUUUCGCCGACCGCUCCUCGACAGGCGAAUCCUCCGAAGCCACUCCUGUUGCGAGCAUUCACUCCAAUCCCGUCGCGACACAGCUCCCAAACCCUUCUGCUGCUGCGACGCCGAGCUGUUCGUCGUCAUGGAGCGCCAAUUCCGACCGCCAGCUUGGUCAUGGUGCCAGCCCCGACCCGACAGACCGAGUCUUUCCCAUCCGCUCCGUCGUCAGCGUUGACCGCACUGGCAGAACCUCUGGUGAACACGACUACUUCCCGCGAGUACCUGAUCAUGGCCAGUAUCAGGCUCCCCGUCCGGGCAAUCCCCGCAUCGAUACCGCCGCCUUCGAAGCCGUUCCUCGCCGCGAUUCCGCCUCCACACUGCUUUCCAACGUUACCUCGCCAAGCGAUCGCCAGGGAAUUCAGACGAGAAGGAAAAUCGUUGGGUCUGGCCCAAUAUCCAGCGUUCAGGCGGAUGCCGUCCGUCACGCCAACUCGCAGCCACUUGACAUAUUUCAGGAUGCUGCGUCAGAGGGAGAGGAUGACUCGGCACAAGGUGAUGAUUCCUCGCAACAUCAUACAUCUGUGUCCACUGGUGCGCUCGGUGAGGCGGGCAGCGAUGUCCUGCUGACGACGCGGUUAAAGUAUGUCAUGACGGACGAGGGCCAUCAUGUGAUUACGGGCACCGACGGCGUUCUUCAGCGGUGCGAGGACGAGCCCAUCCACACCCCUGGCGCUGUUCAGGGAUUCGGUGCUUUGGUGGCCGUUCGCGAAGAAACCGACGGCCGGUUUUCGGUCCGGUACGCCAGCGAAAACACCCAGAGGCUGAUGGGAUACUCGCCGCAGCACCUAUUCCGUCUCAACAGUUUCUUGGACAUAUUGAGCGAGGAACAGCAAGACAAUUUGCUCGACCACAUCGAUUUUAUCCGCGACGAAGAUGCUGACCCGGCUGUCAACGGACCCGAGGUCUUCAGUCUAUCCAUUCGCCCACCCAAUAAGAAAAGUGUCAAGCUAUGGUGUGCCAUUCACAUCAACCCAGCGCAUCCCGACCUGGUCAUUUGCGAGUUCGAGGUUGAUGAUGACCAUCAGUUUCCGUUGAGACCGCCAGACGAGGUCACGCCAUUGGCCCCAGAAGACACGCUGCAGUCAAACCCCACAUCCGAGGAGCUGGUCGAAAGCACCGAGAUCUUGAGCAAACCCCUGAGAGUUUUACGGAGUGCUCGUAAGCGCAGAGGUGACGCUGGGGCUAUGCAGGUGUUCGAUAUCAUGUCCCAGGUGCAAGAACAGCUUGCGGGGGCACUGAAUUUGGAAAGCUUCCUCAAGAUCCUUGUCGGUAUCGUCAAGGAACUGACUGGCUUUCACCGGGUUAUGAUUUACCAGUUCGAUUCGUCAUUUAACGGCAAAGUUGUCACAGAGCUUGUCGAUACCACGCAAACCAAAGAUCUCUACAAGGGCUUGCACUUCCCCGCCUCAGACAUACCGCGGCAGGCUCGCGAGUUGUAUAGGUUGAACAAGGUAAGGCUCCUUUACGACAGGGACCUAGAUACCGCCCGCCUUGUUUGCAAAACGAAGGAAGACCUCGACGUACCUCUAGAUCUCAGCCAUUCAUAUCUCCGCGCCAUGUCACCGAUCCACCUUAAAUACUUGAAAAACAUGGCCGUUCGGUCUUCCAUGUCGGUCUCCAUAAACGCCUUUAACGAACUAUGGGGCCUCAUUGCUUGUCACUCAUAUGGCCGCAAGGGCAUGCGCGUAUCAUUCCCGAUCCGCAAAAUGUGUCGUUUGGUCGGAGACACUGCCUCCCGCAAUAUCGAGAGACUUUCCUAUGCCACUCGACUCCAGGCGCGGAAACUCAUCAAUACUGCUCCUACCGAAAAGAACCCUUCUGGCUACAUCAUUGCCUCUUCCGACGACCUUUUGAAGUUGUUCGACGCCGAUUUUGGCAUGCUUUCCAUUAAGGGAGAAACCAAGAUUCUUGGUAACGUUGAGCAGUCGCAGGAGGCACUGGCCAUGCUCGAAUACUUACGUCUACGCGAGUUGACAUCCGUCGUCACCUCUCAGGACAUCCGCGAAGACUUUCCAGACCUCCGGUACUCUCUUGGGUUUACCGUCAUUGCAGGACUGCUUUAUGUUCCAUUGAGCGUUGGAGGCCAUGACUUCAUCGUCUUCUUUCGGAAGGGCCAGGUCAAGGAGGUCAAGUGGGCUGGGAAUCCGUAUGAAAAGACGUUGCGCGAAGGUACGGCCGCCUACCUGGAACCCCGAAAAAGUUUCAAAACCUGGCAUGAGACAGUUCUUGGUAAAUGUCGAGAUUGGUCAGAGGAGCAAGUUGAGACGGCCGCCGUGCUCUGCUUGGUCUACGGCAAAUUUAUCGAGGUUUGGAGACAGAAGGAGGCAGCAUUGCAGAGCAGUCGCCUUACACGGCUGCUGCUCGCAAACUCGGCCCACGAAGUACGCACGCCACUUAACGCCAUCAUCAACUAUCUCGAGAUAGCCUUGGAAGGCUCUCUCGAUCAAGAAACCCGCGACAACCUCGCAAAGUCGCACUCUGCAUCCAAAUCCCUGAUUUAUGUCAUCAACGAUCUGCUCGAUCUGACCAAGACAGAAGAAGGUCAGAAUCUAAUCAAGGACGAGGUCUUUGAUUUUGGAAUGUGUAUACGCGAAGCCACCGACCCGUUCACGAACGAUGCAAAGAGGAAGGGCAUUGAGUAUCAGGUCAUCGAGCAUCCCGGUCUGCCCCAGCACGUUUGCGGCGACAGCCGACGGCUGAGACAAGCCAUCUCGAACGUCGCAGCCAAUGCCGUUCAAAACACCUCGACUGGAUCUGUGAAGGUUGAGUUAUAUGUCAGCAACGUCCUGGAUCGACGGAUACGCAUCGAAAUUGUCGUCGAAGACACAGGGAAAGGUAUGACUGCUAGGCAAUUGGACACGUUGUUUAGGGAUCUCGAACAGGUCAACGUGGAGAUGGACGAGGACAGCUUCAUAUCAUCCACAGACCCUGAUCACGGCAAAGACACUAGAGUUUUGGGACUUGGCCUGGCCGUCGUUGCCAGAAUUGUUCGCAACAUGGACGGCCAGCUCCGACUGAAGUCGGAACAAGGGAAGGGGUCGAGAUUUGUCAUCCAACUACCCUUCGACCUCCCUGAAGACGCUCCAGCGCCUGUUGAGGGUGGCCAGAAGUCUGCAAAAUCAAACACAGCAUCCAGCGUGGCGUCUGUUACAACAGCGAUCAUGCCGGAUCCAGAUGGCGAGAUGAUGCUCAUCGAUAGAGGAAGCAAACUGUCCGCUGUCAAGGAGGCGGCGACCGAUGGGGGCUGCGCCGAGACACAGAGCUUAGAAAGCCAAAAGACUGCGGCCACGGGAGGUAGUAAGAGCAGUGGACGAAGCGACGCUGAACGCCUGAUCGACGCUAUCAAGAAUCCUCUUACGAUCGGGGAAAUCGACCCGAGUCGGCCAUCUGCUCAUCGACAAUACUCCAGAGAACACAUUGAUCGACCGACAAUCUCGAAGAGCAACGGUGCCUCGUCCUCUUCGUCCUCCAGACAAGUGCAGCCGCCGGUUUCGCGGCGGUUCAACCAGAACUCCUCGGACGUCUCCACCGUCGAACUUCCACACUCGCCCGAAAUCGGCUAUACGAGCGUGACGGAUACAAAAACUCCCAUCAGGGCAGUUAGAGUACCUGACGAAUACAGCGACCAACCGCCAAGGCCUCAGACGAGCGACUCCUCUCGUGUUCUCUUUGAGGUCCAUGAUGGUCCCAAGGUCCUCGGAACAUCGGAUGCUGGCACAGCAGGCACCGCUCCUAGCGCAGUCUCGGCGUUCGAGGACACCAAGUUGCAAGUCCUCAUCGCCGAGGAUGACCCGAUCAACUCGAGGAUUCUGCGGAAGCGGCUGGAGAAGUCCGGUCACCAGGUCUCCCAUGCCGUAAACGGCGAAGAUUGCGCAACGGUUUACCACGAGAAUUCCAAAUCCUUUGAUGUCGUCCUAAUGGACAUGCAGAUGCCAAUUGUGGAUGGACUUACAAGUACGAAAAUGAUACGAGCCUUCGAGAGGUCCAGUGAACAUGGCGGACACUCCCCAAUAGCGUCUCAUAACGGCAGAACCCCCAUCUUCGCGGUCUCGGCAUCCCUAAUCGAGCGGGAGAGGGACAAGUACAUGGACGCCGGUUUCGAUGGCUGGAUCCUCAAGCCUAUCGACUUCAAGCGACUCAACACUUUGCUGCUGGGCAUUGUAGAGGACGACGUUCGCGCGACCUGCCUUUAUGCCCCAGGAAAAUGGGAGUAUGGCGGCUGGUUCAACAUUCGAGAAACCAAGGACAAGGACGGCAGCGACGAAACAACACCGGCGAUAGAGGAGACACCGAAGGAAACGACCCACUCUACACCAGAGACGGACGAACCAAAUUGA